AAAGUCAUAAAGUGUUGUUUGUCGUGCGAGGGGAGAGUGGUGAGGCGGCCAUAAUCAAACAAAAGUGUUUUUAGUAAAAUGACGGAUAUUUGAUGCCUUAAUAACGUUUUUAAGUCAUUUUAGUGGCGAUUGUCAAAAAAAGGUAUACAAAUGAGCGCUAAAUUGGAUGUAAACAGACGUGUCUUAGCUAUUCAAGCUAAAAAGAAAAGACACAAGCCUGCUAAAAAGAAAGGCAAAAACGAUAUGAACGGACAUGCUGGAGAAAAUCGACAUAACUCGAAAAAUGAACCGUCUCAUAGCUCCAGUAAUGAAACUAUAGAAGAUCCAGACGAUCCUUACACGAGUGAAGAGGAAGAACAGGAAGAUAGUACGGAUUACCGCAAAGGAGGUUACCAUCCUGUCAAAAUUGGCGACCUCUUCCUUUCCAGGUAUCAUGUAACUAGAAAACUAGGUUGGGGUCAUUUUUCUACAGUGUGGUUAUGUUGGGAUCUCGAAGAUAAACGAUUUGUUGCCCUUAAAAUUGUCAAAUCUGCCGAUCACUUUACAGAAACAGCUCUUGAUGAAAUUAAAAUUUUAAAAUCAGUUCGUGAAUCUGAUCCAGCAGAUCCGAAACGUAAUAAAACCGUUCAACUUCUAAACGAUUUCAAGAUCAGUGGUAUCAACGGAGUACACGUCUGUAUGGUUUUUGAAGUUUUAGGUCAUCAUUUAUUGAAAUUAAUCAUAAAAUCCAAUUAUAGAGGAAUUCCAUUAACAAAUGUACGUACAAUAAUGAGGCAAGUACUAGAAGGCUUAGACUAUCUACACACCAAAUGCAAAAUUAUUCACACAGACAUCAAACCGGAAAAUGUUUUACUCUGUAUAUCUGAAGAAGCAAUCAGGAGAUUAGCUUGUGAAGCAGCCGAGAUGCAUCAAUUGGGUAUGAAAUUGCCAACUUCCUUAAUUAGUACUGCCCCAGUUAUAGAAACUAAGAUGAGUAAAAACAAAAAGAAAAAACUAAAAAAGAAAGCCAAAAGACAAAAUGAGCUCUUGAGAAAACAGAUGGAACAAAUUAUCGAAAUCGAAGAACAGAAAAAGAUUAAGGAAAAUGGUGAUGUGAAUAUUAACGGUGGCACAGAAUUUCAUGACAGUCCUCCUAGUCACAGCCCUGAGACGACUCCCGAAACCGAAGUAAAAUUAGACAAUGGAUGUAUCGACGAAAUUGGCGGUGGAGAAGCCACUCAUCCAGAUAAUUCUAUAAUGGAACAGAUGUCUGAAGAUGAUUCUCCACCUCUAAACUCGUCCAACAUUACAAUGGAAAAAAUAGAAUUAGAUCCGGCUUUUGUUGAGUGCGAUUUCGAUGUUAAAAUAGCCGAUCUCGGUAAUGCCUGUUGGGUGGAUAAACAUUUUACAGAAGAUAUUCAAACCAGGCAGUACAGAAGUUUGGAAGUUUUAUUAGGUGCAGGCUACAAUACAUCUGCAGAUAUCUGGAGUACUGCUUGCAUGGCGUUUGAAUUGGCAACUGGCGAUUAUUUAUUCGAACCCCAUUCCGGCGAGGAUUUUUGUAGGGACGAAGAUCACUUAGCUCACAUAAUAGAAUUAUUAGGAACGAUACCGAGAAAAAUAGCCCAGAGUGGAAAAAAUUCCAAACAAUUUUUUAACAAAAAAAGCGAACUUCGACACAUAACGAAUUUGAAACCGUGGGGUUUGGAGGACGUCCUGAUCGAAAAGUACGAUUGGAGUCGACAGGACGCCGAAGAUUUCGCAGCUUUCCUCAAGCCCAUGUUGGAUUUCGAUCCGAAUAAACGCGUAACGGCAUCGGAAUGUUUGAAGCAUCCAUGGUUGUCGCAACAGUGAGCCGAUUGCUCUCUAGGUGACUGAAUCCAAUUUAUUUUUGCUUUGUUCUUUCGGCGUAUAGUGCGAUUUUUUUCCUUUUUUUUUUUCUCUCUUUUUCAGUAUGCAAAAUUCAUUUCGCGAUGCAUUAUGUCCAAUUAAUUUAUUGAUUAGUUCAGCUGGGCCUUCAUUUAAUGUACAUAGCAUUUGUAAUAGAAAAAAAUUGUGAUGUAUGUGUUUUAUAGACAAUAUAAAUGUCCUCCAUAGGUUUCUGUUUCAUUAUAUUUCUGUUGGUUAAUUGGUUAAAUAGUGAUAAAUAUAACGAAAUAAUUAAAAUCCUUAAUUGACCAAUUUUAAUUAUAAAUAUAUUGUAAGUUUUCCUUUUCAAUUACAUUUGAUUCAGUUUUCUCCCAGUUUUCCUCUAUUUUCCUCAUCGAAACUCCUUUUUUUCUACUUUUUAUUUAUAGUAUUAAUCAUGUCUUUUUGAAUAUUUUUUUUAGUCUGUUUUCACUAAAUUUUACAGAACAUUAUUUACUAUUGUUACUUUUUAUACAAUUGGAUUUUAUAAGACACACUUUUUGGUCCUUCGAGCUGGAAAUAGUUGAAACUUAGUAUAUAUAGAUUUAUCAGCACUAAAGGAUUUUUUUCUAAUGUUCUUUUUUUAUCAGACGGGCCUACAUAAUCGUCCCAGUUGAUGGUUACCUGGUUUUUUAUUAUUCAAAUAUUGGAUUUUCUUCUUUAUUAAUCAUAAAUAUAUAAAAUUGUGUUUGAAUAUUCCAGAGAUUUUUUACAAAAACACAUUUUUUGGUCCUUCGAGUCGGAUAAAAUUCAAAAUUGGGUAUAAAUUAAUUUAUCACCACUUAGUUUCAUAAAGGAUUCUUUUCGAAUGUUCUUUUUUAUCAAACGGGAAUUUAUAAUCUUUUCAAUUGAUGUUUAACUGGUUCUAUAUCCUUCCAUAAUGGAUUUUCUUCUUUAUUAAUCAUAAAUAUACCAAAUUGGGUUUGUGUAUUCCAAAGAUUUAGUGCAGAGACAUUUUGUGGUCCUUCGAGCCGGAUAUAGUUGAAAAUUGGGUAUAAAUUGAUUUAUUACCACUAAAUUUCAUAAAGGAUUCUUUUCAAAUGUUGUUUUUUAUCAAACAGGAUCUCAUAAUCGUUCCAAUUGAUGUUUAACUGGUUCUAUUUUAUUCCAUAUUAGAUUUGUUUCAUUAUGAAACAAAUAUACAAAAUUGUGUUUGAUUAUUCCAAAAAUUUUUUACCAAAAGAUAUUUUUUGGUCCUUCGAGCCGGAUAUAGUUAAAAAUUGGGUAUAAAUUGAUUUAUCACCACUAAAUUUCAUAAAGGAUUCAUUUCAAAUGUUCUUUUUUAUCAUAUAGACUUUUAUAAUCGUCCCAGUUAAUGUUAAACUUGUUUUAUAUCGUUCCAUGUUAGAUUUUUUCAUUAUAAAUAAUAAAUAUAUAAAUAUGUGUCUAUUUCUUUAGUGAUUUAGUACAAAGACACGUUUUUUUUAGUCCUUCGAGCCGGAUAUACCUGCAAAUUAACAAAUAAAUCAAUCCACAUUGUAAAAUUUAAGCUUUAACGCGAUUAAAUUUUCUUUUGAAGCAUAACUUUCGAUCAAAUUUACUUUCCGGUCAAUUUAAUAAAUGUUCAAUGUUAAAAACUUUUCAAUAUAGAUGAUAAAAAUGUAAAAAAAUCAUUUUUAUUGGUGAAGUUUUAGAAAUUAUCAUGUUAUUUGAUCUUUGUCCUCGACACCAUCCUCACCAAUUCCCAUAUUUUUCAUAAUCGAUCGCUUAUUUGCACUUUUUUCGAAAUUUGUCGAAUAUUUUUUCAAAAUUUCUCAUUUUGUUCACUUAUAUCCAUAAAGGGUUGAAAUGAACAUAAUUAUAUCACUAUUUGACCAUUUUCCAUAAGUGUUACAGCUUUGAAACCAUGUCGAUAGGAAUAUCUGUGAAAAAUUUUUAGAGGGGGAACAAUUAUAGAUCGAGUUAAAUGUAGACAUAUGCGGUGAUUACAGAGAAAUUCUGAUUUUCACCGUUGCGACUAUUGAAAUUUUAGUUAUAGAAAUUAUUAGACGCAAUGACGCAAGUGUCAUAAAAUUCCAUACUAGAAGCACCAAUAUUUAUAUGAAAAACCUAUUGGAAAUAUAUACAAUAUACAAUGUACAUUGAAUCUCUGAAUAAUUAUAAGCGAAUUCUUACAAA